UAGAGGAGAGGGGGAGAGGGGGAUGCAGGCCGCCGCCGAGGCCAAAGACCGCGGCUCCCCCGCCGCCGCCGCCGGUGGUGGUGGUAGUGGUGGUGGUGGCGGCCCCGGUAAAGACGCAGCGCAGCCGCUCGAGGUGCUCCCCCUCGACGAGUUCCUGAAGAGCCGAGGUCUGUACCGCAAGAGAAUCGCCAAGGACGGGUCGUGCCUCUUCAGGGCAGUGGCCGAGCAGGUUUUCCACACACAGUCCAGACACCUCGAGGUCAGGAAAGCUUGCGUUUCGUACCUCAGGAAGAACCGAGAAGCAUUUGAAGCGUUUAUUGAAGGAUCGUUUGAUGAAUAUUUAAAGCAAAUCGAAAAGCCACAGGAAUGGGUUGGACAAGUGGAAAUCAGUGCUCUUUCACUCAUGUACAAGCGAGAUUUCAUAAUUUAUCAGGAAGCGAAUCGACCUCCUGCCAGUGUUACGGAAAAUGGAUUUCCUGAUCAGAUUUUGUUAUGCUUUUCAAACGGGAAUCAUUACGACAGCGUCUAUCCCAGAAGCUUUAUUGAUGAUGCCGCCUUAUGUCAAUCCAUUCUGUAUGAAAUGCUGUACCAGAAUGUACUUGAAACUGAUGUUAGCUCAGUAAUUCCUGUGCUGGAUGCAAACGGUGAAACAAGUGAUUAUCCCAACACCAGUGAAGAUUCCAAUUCUGAUUCUGAUACAGAAUUGGGACUGCUCGGGAGUAAAGCUGCUGAUGAGAGUGAGCUGAAUGGAUUGAAGUCCCAGUUGUGUAACAAGAAACAGCAGCUGAAGAAUGACAACACUGCUCCCAUCUCCUUUCCUAGCAAGGUGCUCCGAGCAUUCAACCCAAACAUUUACAGAAAUGUUGAGUACGAUGUUUGGCUGAAAUCAAAGCGAGCACAACAAAAAAGAGAUUAUUCCAUCGCCGCUGGAAUGCAAUAUUCAGUUGGAGAUAGAUGUAAGGUGCGGCUGGAUAAUGGUAAGUGCUAUAAUGCACAUAUUCAGGAGGUCAGCCCUGACAAUGGACCGGUUGUGCUUUUUGUGGAAGAGCUUGGAGAAAAACACAGUGCCCCUUUGAGGAACCUUCGGCCACUUACUCAGGUGUCUUCUGCGGGAGGUUGGAACAGAGUUCAGGGGAAAAGAGCGAGGAAGCCUUGGUCAGCGAAUAGCAAUACUGAGGGUGAAUUCAGAGGCCCGAAGAAUUCUAGCAAUUUUACCAAUAAACCAAACCGAGCGCAGACAACACUACCUCCACGUCUCCAGCAAACGACUGGAGGCAGACAGCAGAAUCCCCCACAGCAGGUCGCAGCUGUGCAACCCAAACAGCUACCCGCUGAGCACGAGGGGCGAGGCAAAGAAUUCACGCAGGUCUCAAAAAAAUGCGAUCGAGGCCAGGAAGGAGACGGCUCCAACAAAGACCCGAGAAGAUUUGAUCCUUCAGAGGCUGAUGAGGCUCAGGCCCCCUUUGUGAUUCAGCUGAAAGAUGAGCAGUCCUUCCCUGCGCUCCCUAGCCAUUGGAGUUUUCAGACCCGUGCCAGCACGAAUAGCGGCAAAAAAGCAAAUAUCCAGGCCAAAGUGAGACCGGGAGAGAAUCAGGCAGAAACAAAAGCACAGAAGAAUUCUGAAUCAGUUACACAGCCCCUUGGACAAGAGCUGAACUCUGAAGCUUUCUCAAAUGUGGUUCAUAAAGAACUUGCAAAACCCUUCAAGAAUGCGUCAGAGGUGCCCCCGACCCCUGUGACCUCAGGCACAGAGCUUAUCCCACCAUCAUACCCGAGAGAGCCACAGCCUUGUCAUACAGCAGCCCCAGUGACUCCAUCAGUGCCUUCUAUACCCGCUGCUGUGCCCCAUUACCAUCCGGGUCGAUCGCUUGCCAACCAGCAGCAAAGCAAACUCUUUACUGCAGGUACUCCACCAGAGAUGGCUAUUCCACCUGAAACUCCAUCACCUGUGACCUGCAGCCCGCCUGCGUCACACACUGCUCAGGUCAUGUCACCUGCGGUCACCCCACUUUGUGUUCCUUUGCCCCCUGGCAAUCUUCCGGCUGUGCACGUUCCUCAGAUUCCAAACCCUUACCAGGAUCUCUUGUAUCCUGGGUUCCCUGUGAAUGAAAAGGGAGAAUAUCUCAACACAUCCCCAGCUUAUUCAUAUGACAAAAGUGGGCGAGAUCUUCCAGAAGAUAAAAGCAUCCUUCGCUUUUUCUACAACCUUGGUGUAAAGGCUUUUAGUUUCCCUUUGUGGACGCCGUAUUCCUAUCUGUACGCACUGAACCAGGCUUACACAAAAACCUGUGCGAUGUACCCAAGAGGUCCUGCGCCAGUUCUUCCGAUUAAUCCUUGGCUCCAGGCAACAGUUGAUUACAUCCAGAGUGCUAAUACUGCAACCCCACCACUGAUCCCUAGUCCUCCUGAGACCCACAAUCCCAGUCAGUCUGUUCAAUUGGAAGAGAGUAUCAAUAGAGACCAUUUGUCACCAGCACAGCCAAUGAUGUCACAUUUAGCUCAGAAAAAUGAAUCUGCUCUGAACCUAGAGGCUUUGCAUCAAAACUUCCAUCUUUCAUUUCCCUCUCACCUUCCUUCUCACAUGGGCUCAGAUGGUAAUCAGCCACCAGUGGGUUGGAGGACACCUCUACCGCAGGCAUUGUUUGGCCGGAGCCCAUACGUGCAUCCUUUCAGUAUUCAUCCCAUGUACGUGGCUGCAUUGGGUAGUGGGUUACCAUGCCAGGUUUCCCCUGAACACCUGGCUUAUCAAAAUGACCCGACAUUCUGCUCAUCGGACCCUUGUGUUCAGCAGCUACAGUCGGAGGAGCAAAACCUUGUCCCUGACGCAAGUCUCCCAGGAUCUGAUAUAGUCGGGGAGAACGUUGAGUCCCCCAAAAUAACUGGCACUUGCAGAGAAAAUUCAGGAAUCGCUGGUGCCCCACUCGAUGAGUCAGAAUCCCAAAGUGCUCAGACUUUUCAAACCACUGAUGGAGCUAAGGUCAAGUCUGUACCAUGUACUACAGCAGUGACCUCGAUGAGUGGACGUUCUGAGGUUCAUAAUGAGAUGUCCACCACAGCACCUGGUGGUAGACCUAUUUAUUUUUAUAAUCAGGGGUGGGGAGAAAAUAGGGAUGACUCAAAACAAGGUUGCCCACCUAAGAGGCCAUUGCAUCAUCAAAUGACCUAUGUUCCUAAGCAGAGGGAUGUAUCUGAUAGGGCAAAGUGGCAGAGAAAACCCUAUUCCUCGUACAAUAGCUAUGCUAACGGGAGGGAUCGAACAGCUGACCCAAAGAGGCAAGACAGCAAGUUGUAUACUAAAGACAGGAACACUUGGGGCACACAGAGAGGUACAAAGAGGUCAGGGCUGCCCCGUGGAGCCAGUGCUGAUGGAGAUGAAAGCAAACACGAAAAUGUACAGGGGAGAUUACAAAUCCAAAGGCACCAUAUGGGUCCCAAUAGAUUUGAUGUCAAGCGUGGCCUGGGGAACGAGCAAGAUAAUGAUGUGCAACAAUUUGAGAAUGAGGCAGCUGUAGAAAAUGAGAGCGGAAAACACAAUGGUUUUAGAAAGCAAGGGUAUAGAGAGAGCAGGAAACCUAAUCCUAGCAUAAGAAAACAAUGACUGGGCAAAUUGUGAGAAACUGAAGUUGAUAGGGCUGCAGUUUAGAGCUGUAGUUAAACAGUUUGCUUUAAGUUAUCCUGCAAGAUCUAAAUCCAUUUGUGUAAUUUCCUCCCCAAUGUUAAUUGAAAUGUUAAUUUUAAUUGAAAUAGAACUAUUUCUUUCAUUGUUCUCUGAAUAAUAGCUUUGGCAACACAGGAUUUCAGUAGCAUUCUGCUAAAUAAUCAAUGUAAUAAUUAGUCUUUCAAAUAGCAUUUGUUAAUGUGCAUUAGAAAUACUUAAAAAAAACUGUAAGAGGGUGUCUAAAAUAGGGCAGGAAAUAGUCAAAUCUAAAAACAGCAGAUUUGACAAAUAUUUAACGUGACCAUAAUCUGGACUGGACUGCUUAAAAAAAAUUAGUGGAUUUUAUGACCUAUGUUAUUUGGUUCCCAGCAGGAUUUUGAUUUUUUUUCCAAGUCUGUGCAGAGACUUUAAAAUGUCGAAAACAAUUGCAAGAAGUGGAAACUAAAUUGAAUACAUUAA